AUUUCCGUUUAGUUUAUGUGUGUACUCGCCCACAAAGCUAUGGUUGGAUCCAUGACAGUUUCAGUGAAUUCCACACCGCCGGUUGAUUUGUAUGCAAAUGGCACUGUUCAUCAUGCUGAAUUACUUCCUGCAUCUGAUGAUGAUCAUGGUGGUAUCAUUGUGGACAUGAAGGAGCCUAUGGACCCGGAUAUUUUUCAUGCCAAGCUCAGAGCUUCAUUAUCGUUGUGGGGGCAACAGGGGAAGAAGGGAAUUUGGAUCAAGUUGCCAAUCGCACUGGCAAAUCUUGUAGAAACUGCGGUUAAGAAAGGAUUCCAGUACCACCAUGCAGAGCCAAAUUACCUCAUGCUUGUUUAUUGGAUUCCUGAAACCCCAAGCACUAUUCCUGCAAAUGCUUCCCAUAGAGUAUGUGUUGGUGCUAUUGUCUUGAAUGAUAAAAGAGAGGUACUUGUGGUCCAGGAAAAGAGUGGCAUAUUUCAAGGAAAAGGCGUGUGGAAAAUCCCUACUGGAGUUGUUGAUGAGGGUGAGGAGAUCUUUAUGGCAGCUGUAAGAGAAGUAAAAGAAGAGACGGCAAUUGACACGGAAUUUCUGGAAAUUCUAGCGUUCAGGCAAUGGCACAAAUCAUUCUUUGAGAAGUCAGAUUUAGUCUUCCUCUGCAUGCUGCGUCCAUUAUCUUUUGACAUCCAGAAGCAAGACUUAGAGAUUGAAGCGGCUCAGUGGAUGCCAUUUGAGGAAUAUGCAGCUCAACCUGUAGCCCAGAACCAUGAGCUUUUCACCUAUAUCAUUGAUUUAUGCUUGGCAAAGGUAGACCGGGAUUACAUUGGAUUUUCUCCACAACCAUUAAGAUCAACGCUUAAUGACCAGAUAAGUUACUUAUAUUCAAACGCCAGAGAUUUGAACCAGUCAAGUUCUGCUGAUCGCCAAUAGAAAUCAAGCUUAUGUUGUCUAUUUGCUGUGUAACCAAAUUCAUUUAUUUACAUCUCCACUGUCCUCUUCCAUGACUUUAGUAAGUGAAAGUGCAUUCCUUCAAGUCACAAAUUCAUAUAAAAAUAGCGCUUGUGCAUGGAAGAAAAUAUCCUGAAAAUGCAGACACUACUAGAUGGGAAAUCUGUAGGAGUUGCUGCCUGAAUAGAUCCUCUUUAUUCAAAGCUUGUCACAAAGAGCAAUUCCUGAAGGUAAGCUUGUCAUCUAGUGCACUGGGGAUGGGUCCAUGGCAUGCUUCAUCGAUCAUUGCCCUUGGAGUUGCCAAACGUUGUAAUGGCGUGAAAGCAGACUAAAAUUGUAUUUUGCCGUACAGGCUCGUAACACCCAUGUGCUCCUGCAAUAUUUUGCAGUAACUGUAUCUGAUAGCAUUUUACCACUUACAGCAAGUUGUUCUCCCCUAAUGAGUCAUAAAAGUGCCAUCAUUUAGAAUCAA